CUCGACACCGAAAAGCAGAAAAGAAGUUGGUCCACGUACUGUCCAAUUCUAGUGCCAAGUUCGAUCGAGCUAGCAGAGCAGAGACUCUCGCCAUAGUGCCAAGUUCGAUCGAGCUAGCAGAGCAGAGACUCUCGCCAUAGUGCCAAGUUCGAUCGAGCUAGCAGAGCAGAGACUCUCGCCAUGGCGCUCGGCACCCCGACCGCCGUGGUGCUGGAGCUGAUGACGAUGGGGCAGCAGUCCGCGGCGCACCUCGGGGAGCUGCUCCGGGCGGCGUCCCCGCCGGUGCAAGCAGAGCACCAAGCGCUCGCCGCGGAGAUCAUCCGCUGCUGCGACAGGGUGAUCGCCGCGGUGACCGCGGUCGCCGCCGAUAAAAAGAGGAAGGCUAUGGACCCCGGCGCUACAUCCCGCCGUCCAGGUCCCGCGGCCGCGAUGCCGUCCAAAAGAAGGGUGCGUGGCGCGGAGGCGCACAGGGAGGUCCAUGCCGGCACGACGGCGGACGGGUUCGCGUGGAGGAAGUACGGGCAAAAGGACAUCAACGGAAGCAACCACCCGAGGCUCUACUACCGCUGCUCGUCCAGUGGCGAGGGCUGUGCCGCGACUCGGCGGGUGCAGCGGUCGCAAGAGGAUCCCGCGGCGUUUAUUAUCGCCUACUACGGCGAGCACACCUGCGGAGCCGGCCUCGGCGACGCGUGCCAGCAGCAACGGGCGGCGCCAGCGCCUCCUACCGUCGUUGACACCGGCUCAAUCGCUCGUGGAAUCGUCGGUGCCGACGACUGGAACAGGAACUCUCCUCUGCUGCUACCGCUCUCGGCCGAGCACAGCGCCCAUGCGGCGCCCGGCGACACGUCGCGGCGAUGGUUGUCGCCGUCGUCCUCCUCGUCCUACUCGUCGGAGGUGGAAGUGGAGCUUGGUGCUUCUCCUGUCGAGGAGUUUCUCGAUGGCAACUUCGACUGGGAAUGGGAGACUGUCGUCAACUCCCUCCGUUUCGGUGAUCUGCUUCAGUAGAGCUUAGUAGAUGCCCGCCUCAGCGUGCGACACACACAACCUCUGCACUAUUUGGUGGACAGAUCGGGAGUA